CUUAUUAGACUGGAAAUAAAACAAUAAAGUUAGUUAUUAGGCGGACAGACAUGAAUCCAGCUAAUCCAAAAUUUAUUCAUCCCUUCAAAAGGCCAUGGUUGACUGACAAUGGGGCUGCAGCAGCAGCUGCCGGUAAUACCGGAGUCAAAGGAAUAAUAGCAGGUGGGAUCACUGGUGGUAUUGAAAUCUGCAUAACAUUUCCCACUGAGUACGUCAAAACACAGUUACAGCUAGAUGAGAAGGGUGGUCAAAAACAGUACACUGGGAUAGUAGAUUGUGUCAAGAAAACUGUGAAAAGCCAUGGAUUUCUCGGCUUGUACAGAGGUCUUAGCGUACUCUUGUACGGAUCCAUACCAAAAAGUGCUGUAAGAUUCGGUUCGUUCGAAGCGUUCAAAAACAAGAUGGCCCGCGAAGACGGCACCUUGAGCCCUUCUGGCAGGCUGCUGUGCGGUCUGGGGGCGGGCGUGAUGGAGGCCAUUUUCGCUGUGACGCCCAUGGAAACGGUCAAAGUGAAAUUCAUCAACGACCAGAGGAGCGGGAAUCCCAGGUUUCGCGGAUUCGUGCACGGUGUCGGGAUCAUUGUCAAGGAGCAGGGAAUUGGUGGGGUGUAUAAGGGUCUGUCGGCGACCAUAAUGAAACAGGGAUCCAACCAGGCCAUCAGAUUCUUCGUGAUGGAAUCCCUGAAAGACUUGUAUAAGGGUGGAGACAAGGAUAAGAAAGUUCCUAAGAUGGUGGUUGGAGCUUUUGGAGCUUUUGCAGGUGCUGCCUCUGUGUUUGGAAAUACGCCAAUAGAUGUUGUGAAAACCCGCAUGCAGGGCUUGGAAGCGUCCAAAUACAAAAAUACACUACACUGUGCCACGCAAAUUUGGAAAAAUGAAGGCCCUAUGGCUUUCUAUAAGGGCACAGUACCAAGGCUGAGUAGGGUUUGUCUCGACGUUGCCAUUACGUUCAUGAUAUAUGACAGUUUCAUGGAAGUGUUCAACAAGAUAUGGCCCUAAGAAUAACUUUAUUGUGUUGGGUCUUUUUUUAUGGUUGAGCGUUAUAAGUUGCAAUUUAAAGGCAAAAGGAAACAAAGUAGGUAUAUUUUUGAGUAUGCUAGUAUUUUAGCCGUACUAAGGCAUAUUAGUUUGAAUUCAUAAAAAGUUUUUGGAAUCUAUAGUUAUUGAUGUUCUCUUGCAUUUAAGUUGAAAUGAAAUAAUGAAACUAUAGAUUCAAAAAAAUCUGGGGUUUUUUCAAAUUUGCCGGUCUAGACUU